AUGCCAGGCACUGGCUCUCCGAAAGAAGACUACUUGCUCAUAAUUGUGGGCCCUCUGGAUCAUGCCUUUUUCAAAGAUUGGAGAACGCUCAAGGACGAAAUCCGGAAGGGUGUUAAAGAACAACCUGGUCAGACUGAAGUAGAAGCUGAUCCAACGAAACAUCAGAGCGUUGGCUGGUGCACUUUCAAAGACCUCAGUGAAGCGGAGAAAGCGUAUGGAAAACUCGAAUGCCAACGCUCGAUCCUCGUUCACCUAUAUAUCACCUCAACAGUUGACCGAAACUUUCAAUUACAUACAUGCAAUUGCAGUGAUUUCCACAAGAUCUUCCGCGACGUGGGCCGUGAUGGGCACUCAAAAACGACGUGCUUACCCUCUUCCGGCGCCGACUGGGCCGUUCUGCAUCGCAAAUCGUUAGUUAAUUUUGUGCCAAUACUUCAACUAAGACGCCGACCGCGAGAUGCGAUCGGACGAGGAGUUCAGCAUAGUUAUGGCCAGGCUACUCCUCAGACCUACGGCUACCCGUACGGUCAACCUCCUAACCAGAGCUACGGUCAGCUACCUCGCCAGAACUACAGCCAAGUUCCUAGCCAGAGCUACGCUCAGGUUCCCAGCCAAAGCUACGGUCCGGUUCCUGGCCAAAGCUACGGUCCGCUUUCUGGCCAGAGUUACAACCAGGCUCCCUCGUAUGAUUAUAGCAGGACAUCCCCCAUGACCGAUCCCGAAGUCUAUCCUCAAUCCGGCACAACCAGCGCAUAUCCUGGGGCUUAUCGAUCCUCAAGUUUCAGCACAGCCACGCCACUAUACGCUGCAAACCAGAGUGGAUUUCUAGUGAACAUGACCAAAGGCACCGCGCUCACGGAGUCUCGUGGAAUAUUCAUUCAAGGCAUAAGUUUCAAGGCGAAGAAAGAGAAUCUGGAAGACUUGUUCAAAGGGAAGAAAAUCACGCCCGUGGACUUCAGACUAUGUCGAGGUAAAGAAGGCAGAUUCAAUGGAUGUGUGACGGCGAGGUUCAACACACCAGAGGAGGCCAACGCAGCGAUACAGAAACUUGAUGGCUCCAAGCAUAUGGGCAGGCUUAUUACGGUGCGAUUGGAUAAGGAGAAGACGAUCGUGAAGCCGGAGUAUUCCGAGCCCUUGAUUGUUGAUGGAACUACACCUAGCCGAAAUGUACCUCUUUGA